GAGAGGCAGCGGCGUCCGUCGGUGUUUUUAGAAGGAAUGGAGAACCGUCCUGGCUUCCCAGGCUUCUUAUUGAGCUUCGCGGUUCUAUCCUGCUUAUCCGGGCUGUCAUUCGGCUCGGAGCUGAGUUUCGUAACAUGCGGGUCCGUGGUUAAGUUAUUAAACGUGAAACACAACGUGAGACUACAUUCACACGACGUACGCUACGGCUCCGGUAGCGGCCAGCAGUCUGUGACAGGGGUCACCUCCGUGGAGGACAGUAACAGCUACUGGAGUGUGCGUGGAACAAGUGAUGCCGUGUGCCACCGUGGGACCCCAGUGAAGUGCGGGCAGACCAUUCGACUGACUCACGUCAAUACGGGCCGCAACCUGCACAGCCACUACUUUGCCUCUCCGUUGUCUUCUAACCAGGAAGUGAGUGCGUUUGGUGAGGAAGGGGAAGGGGACCACCUGGACGAGUGGACAGUUCAGUGUGGGGGUUCAAUGUGGAAGCGUGAGGAGGCCGUUCGCUUCCUUCACAAGGACACUGAUGCACUGUUGUCAGUGACGGGCGAGCAGUACGGACGGCCCAUCCACGGUCAGAGAGAAGUGCACGCCAUGUUGGGUCCCAGCCAGCACAGCCUGUGGAAGGCCAUGGAGGGCAUCUUCAUGAAACCCAGUGACAGCCUGGCAAGAGACUGGGACAACAGUCACUCUCACACAGAGUUCUAAGCGUUACUCAACUGCCCCCU